AAAAAACCGGCGAGUAAUGUAUUACUCAGCUGGCAUGUAAUUUAGCCACUAAAAUACUGCCACGUGCGCUCCUACACCUCACCUCCCUCUCCCAAUCACCACCUGUAAAUUUGUUUUCCAAUUCGAUUUCUUUUUUCUGUUAACAAAGGACGAAUAAAUUUCUCCCAUCGAGCCAAUUUCUGGGAUUUCUCGCAACUCCAAACUAGAACAGCUGACAUGGUGAAGCUUCAAACAUAUGCCGGGAUCAGUGUUAUGGCUGCAUUAGCCAUGAUUUAUCAUGGCUUUAGCAGCAGAGGCCAGUUUUACCCUGCGAUGGUUUACUUGUCAACUUCAAAGAUCAGUUUGCUGCUUCUUUUGAAUAUGGGCCUUGUUGGCAUGUGCUUCAUUUGGCAACUGACUAAGAAAAUUUUCCUUGGCACACUCAGAGAAGCAGAAGUCGAGAGGCUGAAUGAGCAGUCAUGGCGGGAAGUUAUGGAGAUACUUUUUGCCAUCACUAUUUUCAGACAAGAAUUUUCGGUUACAUUUCUUGCCAUGGUCACUGCUUUACUUCUGAUUAAGUCCUUGCAUUGGUUGGCCCAAAAGAGGGUCGAAUAUAUCGAGACAACACCAACUGUCCCUAAGCUUUCUCAUAUCCGCAUCACAUCUUUUAUGGGAUUCCUACUUCUUAUCGAUAGUAUUUUUCUCUAUGAUUCUGUCAAGUAUUUGGUAGAAACAAGACAGGCUUCGGUUGCACUUUUCUUUUCAUUUGAGUAUAUUAUACUGGCCAUUACAACUUUGUCAACCUUUGUGAAAUAUAUAUUCCAUGUCAGUGACAUGCUCAUGGAAGGACAAUGGGAAAAGAAGGCUGUUUACACGUUUUACCUUGAGCUUAUCCGUGACUUGAUCCACUUGGCAUUGUGCAUGUGUUUUUUCCUCGUCAUUUUCUUGAACUAUGGUGUGCCUCUUCACUUAAUCAGGGAGCUGUACGAGACAUUCCGUAAUUUUAAGAUCCGCGUGGCUGAUUAUAUACGUUACCGCAAGAUCGCAUCAAACAUGAACGACCGAUUUCCUGAUGCUAGUCCUGAAGAGCUCAAUGCAACUGAUGCUACAUGCAUUAUAUGUCGUGAGGAGAUGACUGUUGCCAAGAAACUAAUUUGCGGGCACCUUUUCCACGUGCAUUGCCUGAGGUCUUGGUUAGAGAGGCAAAACACGUGUCCCACAUGCAGGGCACUUGUUAUACCGCCUGAGAAUGGGACUUCUCAAACUACUUCUGCAAGGAGUAAUAGUCAUCAACAAGGAACUAGCUCAACUGAUGCGUCUUCUCUAGGAUCAAAUGUAAAUGGUGUGGCAAACAAUAAUGGCAGCCAGCAUGAGGCUCGGCUCAAAGCAGCUGCCUCAGCCGCCGCAUUAUACGAGAAGUCUUUUGUUUAUCCUACUCCAAAUGCUCUAAUGUGGUCGCCUGGACAUGUCUUACCUCAUCAAACUAGUGUUCAAGGGCAAUUUGGAGAAGGAAGUGCAUCAGAUUCUCAACUGGAUUUGCAAACUAAAAUAAUUAAGCAUCAGAUUGAGCUUCUGCAAAACCAGCUCCAGAUUUUACAGAACUCAAACGAGAAGAAAUCUGCUGACAUGGAUUCCUCAGAUAUCAAGGGGAAGUCGAUAUCAUCUCCCUCGUCAUCUUUAGUCGACUCGAGUGAGAUUUAGAAACCAAAACCCACUAAUGAAAUGACUCUGAAUAUAUGUUGCUCCAAAAUGAGUAUAAAAGCAUCGGGACAUCAAAAUGAAGUUUAAUUCAUGACAAUGUAAGCUUUUGCUAACUGUGAAAAUGAGUUGUGUGUUCAGUUUUGAAGAGUGGAGGAACAAAACACAAAAUCAAUCCAUAUAGUUUUACUUUUAGAAUCCAGUUGACAAAUAGAUAUAUUCCAAACUCUACUUGUACCGAUACAGAAGUUUGGAUUUUUCUGUAUAUGAGAUUGAAGUGUCACCUUGUUCCAGAUGGUGAAUAUAUGACAAGAUUUCAGAAGAAAAUUGGGGCUUCUAUUUUCAGUUUUUUUCACUUCUUUUGUUAAGGCAUAAUGUGCCUAUAGGGUUUCUUGUCAAAAUUGAGAAUUUGUUUUGAUGAACAAUGGCAUGCCAGCAUGGUAGUAAUAAAAUGCAGGUGUAGAAAAUGCCUGUUUAUUCUCAUAUGGGUAAAAUUCAGAAGGGCUUUUGAUUUGGGCUUAGUAAAUUACUGGGCUAGGCCCAUCAGGAUGAACACGAGCGGAAUUGGGUCAACAUCAGUGGUUUCACUGAUUGGACAGAAAUAUGGCAGUGCAUGGGAGUCUGGGACAGAUAACAUGAUGUGAUAUUGUGGG